AUGGAGGAUAUUUCAUUCAUUCGUAAAAAAAUAAAAAAGUCGAUUAUUUUUUAUAACACUCAAUGCUAUUGGCAAAAAUCGCUGACGCGUUCUAGAGGACCCAGUGAACAGACUGAGAAAUUUUUUUCCAAGAACCUGGAGAAAAAACAUAAGAGAAGACCAAGACAGCCAGAACGUACUCGCGGGUCUUUCGUGGUGUUUUCAGCAGGAGGGGGCGGUGGAGGAGGAGGCGGUGGAGGAGGAGGUGGCGGGUGCCGACGACGUGACUACGAACGUCGCAGUGCUGGCGGUCGGAGUGCUUCCGGUCUUGCCACCAUCAGCUCCUCGGUCGCGGGGAGCGCGGGAGGUUGUGGCCCCGUUGUGGGGCUUCCCUCCUACAAAAAGCGCCAAGGAAGUGCAGCGACAUGGAACCGAGACCGUGGACGUGCCAGGGGAAGUCGCGGAACCGGGGAUGGAGCAACAUUUUUGGGCGGCAAUGUUCCCGGAAAUUAUCCCCCAGGAUAUCAGGCACCCGGGUACCAUGAGGUCUUUAAUAUUCUCGGCAAGCGGAAUCAAGCCGGGACACUAACGGGAAUAGGACCACCACCGGGCAUCCCCGAGACUGAGGAAGACAACGAAGAAGAAAAUGCACCGAAAAAACCACCACGGCCAUUGUACAGAAGAUUUUUUAACUACGUACGGCAAGCGUGGACUGGCGUCAAAUUUGCUUUAGUAAUAAAAUAA